AUGGUAAAAGUGUGGAAAUUGGGCCUUAUGAAUUAUGAUACUGCUUUAAAUAUCCAAUUAGCGAUAGCAAGAAAGCAUUUAGAUGCAAUGAUGAAAGGAAUUACUACAAACUAUGACACUCUGCUGCUCGUAGAACAUAAACCGGUUUAUACUGUGGGUAUAAGGGAUGAGACACCAAAUGAUGAAAUCUACAGACUAAAAAACCUGGGAGCGGAAUUCAAGAAAACUAACCGAGGAGGUCUAAUCACUUUUCACAAUCCAGGACAACUUAUAGCAUACCCCAUUAUUAACCUCAAACAUUACAAAACCAGUGUAAAAUGGUAUGUUAAUAGCUUAGAAGAAACUGUUAUAAGGCUGUGUGAAGAAUUAGGUGUAAAAGCAAAACGAUCUCCACAUACAGGAGUUUGGGUUGAAGAAAAUAAAAUUGCUGCAAUUGGAAUUCAUGCAUCUCGAUAUGUCACAACACACGGAAUAGCAAUAAAUUGUGACAAUGACCUGUCAUGGUUCCAGCAUAUUGACCCUUGUGGUAUAGCUGAUAAGGGUGUUACCUCUCUUAGCAAAGAAACUGGUAUUGAAUAUACUACCGAGAAAAUAACUCCAAUAUUCCUCCGUAACUUUGAAGAUGUAUUUCAAUGCAAGUCAGAGGAGUUAAAUAAAAGUAUACAACAAGAAAUUCUUAAUGAUGUCUGUAGUGAAUUAUUAGUGGAAACAAAUUAA